AUGAUGAUCGUCGGAAAUGAUAGCAGUUCGAAUAGACACGAAAUAGAGAUUACAGAAUUAACUAAAGACGAAAUGUCAUUUGUGCUGUAUAACAGUAAUUCCGGUUUAGCAAAUGCAUUACGAAGAAUUAUAUUAUCCGAAAUACCGACACUAGCAAUUGAUGUUGUAAAUGUAUAUGAGAACACAAGUUCAUUUCAUGAUGAGUUUUUGGCUCAUCGUUUAGGGUUAAUACCAAUUGAUAGUAGAAAUGUAAAAAAUUAUGAAUUUCGGGAAAAGUGUAAGUGUAAAGAGACAUGUUCUAAAUGUACUAUAGAAUAUGUAAUAGAAGUAAAAUGUAAUAAUGCAAAUAAAAUAGAUAUAACACAUUAUGAUAUUGAAUCGUUGGAACAUGAACCUAAUAUUCCUAUGCCUAUACCAUAUGGUAAUAAAAAUAAUAAAAUGGAGAGUGCUAUACCUAUUGUUACAUUAUCAAAAAAUCAAACUCUACAUAUGAAAUUAACAGCAACGAAAGGAAUUGGAAAAAUGCACGCAAAAUGGAUACCCGCUAAUGUGUCCUACAGAAUAGAUCAUAAGGUAGUAAUUAAACAUUACAUUAUUAACAAAUUAUCACGAGAACAUAAAUUAUUCAUAGCUAACAAUCUUAAUGAAGACUGUUAUGUGCUAAGUAACACAGAUGAUCAUCGUAAUCAUGAUCAUAAUCAUCAUAAUAACGAUAACGAUGACGAUGUUGAUAAUGGUAAUGAUAAUGAUAAUAGAAGUUUACACCUAAAAUUAAAUGAAAAUAUGUCUGUUGUUAUGGCUGAAUAUUGUAUUGAACUGCUAAAUGAGUUGGGCUAUAGAGAUGUUAUUAAAAUUAUUUAUGACGAAACAAAAUUUCAUUUUAAAAUUGAAUCCGUGGGUUCUAUGCCGCCUGAACAAAUAGUAGAAAUGGCAAUGGAAAUUUUAGAAAAUAAGUUAAAAGUUUUAGAGCCACAAAUUAAGUCAUCCUUUUAUUCUAUUGAUGAAGUUUCUAAGCAGCUAAAGGAACAGGGUGUUUCCUUGUAUGGACUUCAGUUAGACCUAGAAUAG